CCGGACGGAGGGAGUAUUUUGGUACCUCCUCCCACCUCCUACCUUCCAACGAUUUUCUCCUGGACCGUCGAGUGAUGCCCCCCGUGGAGGUAGCGAUGCCUCAGGUAGCGAGCGAGGCCUGCACGUCAAAAAAAACCUACGAAAGAAAACCAACUAGAAAAAACCCACCAGCGACGGAGCGAGGCAACGCACACCCUCCCUCCGCAAAACCUAGCCGCCACACGAGGGAAGAGAUGAGGGACAACACGUUGCGUCCAGACGUCUCCGUCGCCGGCCUCUCUACACUCCGCUCCCCAGUCCCCACCUCUUCCGGUCCUCCCGCACAGCCGUUCCUCGCGAUGACACCAACCGUCCAGAAGCGGAGUCGCCGCCUCGACCCGGGGUCCCCCGUCCCCGUCGUGCUCGGCGCCACGCCCAUCGCAAGGCACCACCCGCUCGUUGUCGGCUCGCCCGAGCCUGCCAAGAAGUCCGCCGUGCCGCGGAGGGGCUCCUGGGGCCGAGAAGCAUAGCGGCGCCGGCGAUGUCGGGGUGCUCGCAUCACCCAAGGUUGUCAGGCCCAUCGCGCUCAACUUCGAGGAGAGGACGCCCGUCAAGGAGCGGCCCUCGCGAGCUCGGCGUCGAGGAGAGGUCCAUCGCCACUGAUGAAUAUCGUGAGCGAGCCAGCGGUCGUGCGUGCGUCAGGACACGCUCGUCAAGGACCCCCACCCCCUUCCUUCCUUGUGCUCGGCCAUGCCUAGCAGCAAGGAGGAGGAUCUACUACCCUACGGAAGGGAAGGAAGAGGCCGCCGGCGAGCGAAGCACGGCCACGGCGUUGGACUCGCCGGGGACGGCUGCUCCUCCUGAGCUCUCCUUUUUGUCCAUUUUUGUUCACUACUACCUGAAGGAAACUGUACUGGAUAGCUGCAGUAGAAACUGUACUAUGGAAGGGAGGGUGAGCGAUUCUGGGAAAUUCCUUGUGGCCGUGAAAGGCUUGGAUGCCAUACUGAUUGUAGUGCAAUGAGCGGGCAUUAUUUAGGCCAAGUGUUUAAUAUUCAAUAUUUUAUCUUUCCACAUCACGGGAAUGAGCUCGCGCAAAGCCGAGUAGCGAAUCCUGAGAGUGAGGUCAAAUGCUGGAUGCAUAUGGGUUUUGUCAACGACAAUGGCCAAAAGGCGGCAAAAGUUGACAAAAACUUCUUCACUGUCAAAGAUGUAAGGGGGGUGAAUCUCUUAUUUUUUGUUGGCAUACUUGCAGUUAAACUAUAUAUCAUUUUUUUUAGUCGAACUUGGUCAUCUUAUUGUUGUCGCUGUAGAUUAUUGCUCUGUGCCAUCCCAUGUGUUGGUGUGUAGAUAAUGUAAUUAGGUGAGUCUAUAGGGUCUAAAAUGUAAAUUGUACAAACAAUAUAUAAAUUAGCAGAGAGAAUGGAUCGGUGAGGAACGAUCCAGAAAUUCCCCAAAUGCUCUUCACACUCCCUCCAAUCCCUAGCUCAAAUCCCUCAAAUCUCAGAUGAUUUUCAACAUGGCAUCGGAGCAGGUUAAUCCUGUGUGAUUUCGACCUUGGUGACGGCUAAUUGCGGUGCUGUGUCGCCGUGAUUUACGGCUGUGGGCACUUGAGCUGCGUCGUUCGCGAGCUGCCGCCGAGACCUGCGACAUCAUCUCCAAGCUACGGCACCGAGUGCUGCGCCCAAUCUAAGGUAGCCUGUUGACUGCCUCCCGGUGCAUCUGUGCUUACUCCCUGUGCUGAGAAGUGGAUGUUGUGCUGCCACGGAAAAAUUGCUGGUUGCCAUUGUGCCGUCCGUCCAAGCAGUAAGCUGUCUUCUGUACUUCAUUGAUUAGUGCAGCCGGUACUAGUACUUGUGGCUGCCGUUGGAGAACCGUGAUUAGUGCAGCCGGAUAGCUCAUCUUUGCCUAGUGGCCGGAUUAAAAUACUUGUGCAGUCUGUGUGCAUUUGAGAGCAAUCUGCACUAGUAUAUCUGCUUGGCUAGUAUCAACUCUGCUUGUACUCUGCUUGUACUGCCUGUGUGUUGUUGUUAGUGGAGAUCUGCAAAAACCAAGUCCUGUGUGUCUGGUUUUUUCUUUGUGUGGUGGUAAAUCAUGGCAGAUCCAACAAAGGGGAAAUCAGGGGAUACUAGUGUGGAUAAGUUGUAUGAAAAUUUAAGCAAAGUAUUGAGCAGCAACAACAACAACUCAAAGUGGUUCCUAAAGCUGUCAAGUAUGCACUUGAGCCUAAUCCAGUGAAGUUGGCUGGACUGGGCAAUUACAUCAGCUGGGCACGGCAUGCCCAGUUAAUUCUGAGUUCUCAUGGCUAUGAAGAAUUGCUUAGUGCCGAUGAAGAGAAACUGAAAAGUGGUACUAUCACCAAACAGAUCAAUGAUAGAGUUUUGGUGUGGUUAUUAGGAAGCAUGGAACCACCGAUACGAGAACAAGUUGAGACUUUGACCACUGUAUUUGAAGUGUGGAAAGCUUUGGAGAAGCAAUUUUCAGGAAAAUCAAAUAAGAUGCAGGCUACUCGCAUCAUGCACGAGUUGACUAACUUGAAGCAAGGCUCAAAAUCAGUGACUGAGUAUGCAGGUGAGAUGAAGAGAUUGUAUAGGGAGUUGCAUUAUUACCAUCCUUUUCAACCUGUUGACAAGAAUGAUGUGGCUGUUCACCAUACCUGGUUUGAACCAUUUGUGGGCAAGCUCUUUCUUGAUGGCCUAAAUCAGGAGUUUGAUCUCCGCCGCCAGCUAAUAUUCUCCAAAACUGAAUGGCUAAGCCUUGAUGAUAUCAUUUCCAGUGUGAUUGAGGAGGAGACUCGUCUUGCUCAACCCAAUGAGCAUGUUCAAGAAAAAUCAGAUGCACGUGCAGCCCUAUCCAUACAAGCUCGUCGUGCUCCUAAGACCUUUGCUAAAAUAGAUAAAAGCAAACUUUUUUGCAACCACUGCAAAAGGCCUGGGCACACAAAGGAUUCAUGCUUUGAGCUGCAUGGUUAUCCAACUUGGUGGGAAAAAGGAAAAUCUCAGCCAGGGGGAGGUCAAGGAGCUCAUAAAAGACAGGCGAAUCUCACUACAUCCAAGAGGGAGCUACCGGUAGUAGAUGUGCGAGCUCUUGAGGAUUUCACCUCCAAGAUUAGACUCUCAGAAGACUUGUCUUCCUUCCAGGAUUCCUCUAAAGCUGAAACUAGUUUGCAUGCCACUUCACUCCAAGGAGCUAGAGACAGGGAGACUGUUGGGGACUGGGACCGUGCAUGAUGGACUCUACUAUCUUGAUGAAGGGAGUGAUGAAGUUGCUUUUGCAUCAUGCUUGUCUCCUAGUCAAGAACUACUACUACACCAUCGCAGGCUUGGGCAUCUCUCUUUUGCCGCAUUGUUUCGUAUUUACCCCUCUCUUUUCAAGUUGUGCCCUAGGGAAUUGCUUGUAUGUGAUGCUUGUGAAUUGGCUAAACAUACAAGAGGUUCAUAUCCUAGUAUAGGAUUAAGAAGUGCCAAACCAUUUGAAAUAAUUCACUCAGAUGUUUGGGGACCCUGUGAGGUUCGUUCGAUUUCUGGGCAUCAUGGUUUGUAGCUUUUA